ACAUCCUGUGAAAACCUGGACAGAGUACACAAGAGUACCAAGGAAUUUUCCACUCGGGGGGUUGAAGUUUCAAUGCUUUGUACCGUCCCAUUGCCGCUACGAUAACCGGGCGAACCGCCGACGCGGAGCAAUCGGAAGCGAAGGAAUCCAGCAGCAACAACAUCUUCUUAUCGCCCUCAGAAAACCGGUAGGAAAGCCAGCUUCAUUCAGGGCCUGUGUGCUUACGUCGAAUAUCCUUAUCAGUAGCGAGACGCGUGUGCAAGCAAACGGUCGCCAUACAGACGAACGCCGUAUCCGCGACGAGUGUGUAUCUUUUUUCCCUUCUGCUGCUGUGAAUACUGCGCUUCUCAAACAUUAUCUUCCGCGUCAGUGUAAUGUAAUCUGGUUGCACAGUGUAUAUUCAAGGUUAAAAAAAGGCUCCGAGUGUGUGACCGCGCUCGUUGAACGUUGGAUACUGUUGAAUAUAAAAAAAGAAAACUGGAGCCAAGGACUUUCCACAUCCCGUUAGAGCGUGUGUUUGUGUGGAGAAAUAAAAGCCUACCAGGACGAAGUGAUUCGUACGAGGAGAGCACGGCCGUUCCCAAAUGUUCCACUUGAAUCAACUUUUGCGGAAUGUUUCAGGAUCCAAACCAACACAGCACCUCCAGCAUGCCUUGAAAGCGCAACGCCAUUUCGGUUGCAACGCAAAGGAAAAAUUGCGCCGCGUGCUCAUUGUGUCGAAAUUGACGCGUCUAGAGUUUGAAAAGAUCCGCGAGGAACAGCUGAGCGAUGAAAGUCUGGAGCAGAAGAUUCGCGACCGUGGUACCGAUUACGACGCCAUCAAAUACUACCACCAUCUGCACAAAGACGUCGAGCGGAAGGUGGUGCGGUCGUUUCAGGAGCGUGGCAUUGAGGUGCAGGUAGUGAACCGUAUUACGAUACACAAGGAUGCGCUGCAGUGGGCCGAUCUGAUCGUACCGAUUGGUGGCGAUGGGACGUUUCUGCUCGCCGCCGGACGGGCCAGUCCAUUCUUUCUCUCCAACGGGAAGCGAACGCCCGUCGUUGGGUUUAAUUCCGAUCCACGCCGCUCGGAGGGUCGGCUAAUGCUUCCCAAGCAGUACUCAGUGCAGGUGGAUGAAGCGAUCCGGCGUAUUAUAGCGAAAGACUUCCGGUGGAUGCACCGGUCUCGCAUCCGUACCACACUGGUUGGAGCGGCCACAACCGAGCGCCCAUCGCCGAUGGAUUUGCACGAGUUCCACACGCAACCGGUCGAACACAAGGAGGUGAUGUCGACGGCACCGAACGGCAAAAGUCGCAUCCUGCCCUAUCUUGCACUGAACGAGGUUUUCAUCGGUGAAAUGCUUUCGGCGCGCGUGUCCCAUCUGCAUCUGCGCAUCGAUAAUACGGAAAUUACAACCAAAACGAAAAGCUCCGGUCUGUGCGUAAGUACCGGGACUGGAUCAACGUCGUGGCUCACGAGCAUGAACCGGCUUUCGACGAACAACGUGAAAGAUCUGCUAGAGAUUGUACGGAGGCGGACUGCAGCCGGUGCCCUGGACACCAUCGAUCCCGAGUCCGUGUCGCAGGAGUAUAACGAUAAUCUAGUGUUUGCGCCCGACGAUCCACGGCUGUGUUACUCGAUACGGGAGCAAAUCUGUGUCGGUGUGUGGCCGAACCCGAAAGGUUUAGAAUCGCGCGGGUUCGCCAAAGAAAUAUUCGUCAAAUCGCGCUGUGUCGAUGCAAGUCUCGUGAUAGAUGGUAGUAUUGCGUACAACUUUAACGAUGGUGCCCGUGCCUUGCUGGAAGUGUAUCCGGAAGAUUCACUACUGACGAUCGAUAUGGAUGACUGAGAAUAGGAGAAAAAGAACAGAGAGUGAAAUGAUUCGAGCCCGAUGCGGAUACGAUCCGACCUAUUUACCUGUUGUUUCUAUUUGUACGAUGUUUUACUCACGAUUUGGAAGCCUUACCGUAACUUGCUGGACUUGCAGAAGAAGUUCUACCGCCGGUUCCCCUUCCUACAUCUUGAUCUACCUUUUCUCAAAAACGUCCGGCAAGAAAAACCUUGUUUUUGUGUAAGUUAUUGCAAUUACUGCACUCCUACUGAUGGUGUGCAGAUGGUGCAUUUAUUUAUCGAACCCCUUCCCACGUUAGCGUACGUAAUUACUGUAAGUAGAAAGUGUAA